AUGCGUAUCACGGGACCGUAUUUCCGUCGCGCGGGGAUUUUUACCGUCAGCGACCGGCGGAGCGCACGACAAGCUGAAGGCAGCAGUAGAGCAGCACGUUAUCUUGCCGCGCAUGGUGCGCAGGGCCACUAUCUUGGAUGGGCACAAGCAUCGCAGCAGCGCAAUGUGUGCGGAAGCCAGCUGCUCGAUCUGUCGACCCAGAAGCGGGCUAUUUUCGUAGAGGUUCUCUUGUCCGGGCCGCUCCCCUUGCGCGGGACGCUAUCUGGCCACACAUGGUGCGGGGCGGCUCUAUCAGACGUCCCCACAACGCAAUGUGGAAGAAGCCGGCCAGACGCGCGAUCGCCCGGGGAGAAGCGUGAUGCGAUCACGUACGAUCAGGGCUUGGCGGUGCCCGUCGCGAGCCCUGUCAGCCCCGUCGUUCUUCCCGGCAACAAUUGCGAGAUGCGGCGUGUGCUGCUGCUCGUGGGCUUAUCGGACACGACCGAAAGGAACGAGAUGUUCACCGCCUCCCUCCGUGCCACGCUCAUCGCGCUCUCCUUCGCCGCUGCAGUUUCGGCUGCCCCGGGGCUUUCGCUAGCCCUCGACGGCCCCAAGGAGGUUGACGGCGUCGGCGCGCUGAAGGUCACGGCCAAGCUCGUCAACACCGGCGACGUCGAGCUCAAGCUGCUCAACGACCCGCGCACGGUCCUCCACACCUUUGAGACGGACUCGUUUUCCAUCGCCGAUGCAGCCGGCAAGGGCCCCGCUUUCCGUGGCGCGUUUGUCAAGUACUCCCCCGAGAAGGUCGUAAAAGAGAACAAGGGGAGCUCGUUCACCGUCCUCGCCCCUGGCGCUUCGGUCGAGAUUAAGCACGACUUGUCCAAGGCAUAUAACUUCACCGCCUCUGGCGAGUCGACAUACGACAUCGUUGCCGCGAAUGCGUUCCAAUACGUCGACGCCUCGGGCAAGCUCGCUACGAUCCACGCCAACGCUGCUGAGGCUGCCCACACCACCUCGCUGAAGGGCACGCUCGCUGUCGCCCGCCGCGGCCUCGACAAGCGCAUUGCCUACCGCUCCUGCUCUUCCUCCCAACAGAGCCAGCUCGUCUCUGCCGCCUCCGCGGCCCAGACAUACGCCAACAACGCGGUGAGCUACCUCACCGCCAACACCGCCUCCACCCCGCGCUUCACGACCUGGUUCGGCUCGUUCACCAGCGCGCACCGCACCACCGUCCUGAACCACUACACCAAGAUGGCCGCCAACGCAUACUCGGGCUACACGUACGACUGCACGUGCACCGACAGCGACACGUACGCGUACGUCUACGCCGACCAGUUCGGCACCAUCUACCUCUGCGGCGUCUUCUGGCAGGCGCCCACCACCGGCACCGACUCCAAGGGCGGCACCCUCGUCCACGAGUCGUCCCACUUCACCGUCACCGCGGGCACACAGGACUACGCCUACGGCCAGAGCGCGGCCAAGUCGCUCGCCACCAGCAACUCCAACCGCGCCAUCGCCAACGCGGACAACCACGAGUACUUCGCGGAGAACAACCCCUCGCAGUCGUAA